AUGGCGAAUGUAGGGGAGGUUGUGCAUGGUCGGUCGUCAAGUGGUCCUUCGUCACUGGCAGCUCUAGCCGCGGCAUUCAUCCCCACGGCUGUCAUUGCGGCACUCAACAUCCUAGCUUUCGUCAUCGUCAGGCCUCAUUUCCCCAAGAUCUACUUUCCCAGGACCUUCAUCGGUACGAUUCCAGAAAAAGACAGGACGCCAUGUCGCAACCGCUCAUCCGGGUACUGGGACUGGCUGCACACGAUGCGCACCGUGCCUGACAAAUCCGUCUUGUAUCAUGUUUCGCUGGACUCGUAUCUCUUUUUGCGCUUCAUGCGCACGUUGAUCUUCAUCUGUGUGGCUGGCGUUGCUCUUACCUGGCCUAUUUUGGGGCCGGUGAAUUGGUUUGGUGGCGGGAGGAGCAAGGAGCUGAACCGGGUGUCGAUUGGGAAUGUGAAGAAGACUGAACUCUUGUAUGCGCAUGCUGUUGUGGCCUGGGUGUUCUUUGGGUUCGUCAUGUUCACUGUUGCGAGGGAGAGGCUGUGGCUUAUUGGGUUGAGGCAGGCGUGGAAUCUGUCCAAGAAGAAUGCGAAGAGGCUGUCUUCGAGGACGGUGCUUUAUCUCGCUGCGCCGACGGCUGCGCUGGAUGAAGCGAAUAUGCAGCGGUUUUUUGGGAAUGAUGCAGUCAGGAUUUGGCCGGCAACCAAGGCUGACAAGCUGCAGUCCUUGGUCGAUGCGAGAAACUCUCUUGUGGAGGAUCUAGAGUCGGCGGAGAUGACGCUGAUCCAGAACAUCAACCGGGAAGUUCGAAAGAAUCAAAACCGCAACAUCAAAUACGACAAUCUUCCGAAACAAAUGAAGAAGUCGUUGCGACCAACGCACAAAGAGGACAAGCCAAUCAUUGGCAAGGAAGUCGACAGCAUUGAUUACUAUCGCAAUCAGAUCAAGGAAAAAGAGGCCGAAAUCACCAAAGCCCGCGACUCCAACGAGAAUGUCGACAGCCAGAAUGGCGCAGCAGCAGUCUUUGUCGAAUUUCGCUCACAAGUCGCUGCUCAGCGCGCGUGUCAGCAGAUUGCCUCGUCGGACAUUCUCUCACUCACUCCGCGGUAUACAGGCGUCAGGCCCAACGACGUCAUUUGGAAGAAUCUGAAUUUGGCGCCUGCACGCAGAAUAUCGCAGGAUGGCGUUGCGAUUACGCUGGUGAUUGCUACGAUUCUGUUCUGGUCUAUUCCGGUGUCCCUUGUAGGUGCACUGUCGAACAUUCAGUAUCUGGCCGAGAAUGUAAAGUUCUUGAGCUUUCUGAACAAGUUGCCGCCGUCGAUUAUGAGUCUGCUGAGUGGGUUGAUACCGCCGAUUCUGCUGAGUGCGUUGGCGAGAUGGGUGCCCAAGAUAUUCAGGAAUAUCUUCACCUACUUUGGAGACGCGACAAAGACUACGGUUGAGCUGCGGGUACUGAAAUGGUUCUUCGUAUUUCAGGUCCUGCAGGUGUUCUUGGUUACGACGCUGUCGUCUGGAGCUGCGGCAGUGGCUUCGCAGCUCUUGAUGAAUCCUGGCUCGGUGCCGCAGUUGCUUGCAGAACGUCUCCCUUCUGCGUCGAAUACGUACCUUACGUAUUUUGUAGUCCAGGCGUUGAGCAAUGCACCGAGUAAUAUCUUGAACUACUCGGAUGUACUCUUCUACGUCUUCUACGAUCGAGUAUUCGACAACACGCCGAGAAGGAAGUACAACAGCUUCAUCGACCUCAAGGGUAUGGCAUGGGGCAAGCUCUUCCCCAAGUACGGUAACUUUGUCAUUAUUGCAAUUGCGUACUCGUGCAUCGCGCCACUGGUGCUCGGCUUUGCCGCCAUUGGUCUCAUAAUCUUCUAUUGGUCCUACCGCUAUCAAUUCCUCUUCACCAACAAUCCGAAGAUUGACACCAAAGGUCACGCCUACACCCUCGCCCUCCAACAAAUCCUCACAGGAAUCUACAUUGCCGAGCUCUGCCUCUUUGGGCUGUUCAGCCUCCGCGGUGCCACAGGGCCAGAUUUUGCCUUGGAUUCAGAGCAUGAGGGUGGUGCAGAUGAACAAGCGCCUCUAUUGAGCGCAGCUGAACAAGGCGAGUCCAUGGCCCUCGAGCAUGCGGAUUCCCAUAUUCAACGCCUUUCCUCGCGCACAAGUCUCAAGCCCUCGACCAUUGCACCCCUAGCGCAUUUCGCACAGCCCCAUGUCUACGCCAGCUACACGGCCAUGAAAGCCUGGCUGCGUGACGGCGACUGGGACGAGGAUGACGAGCCGCAGUAUACAGACGACGAGGUUGCCAAGGCGUAUGCGAAUCCGGCGUAUACGAGCAGCACGCCGGUGGUGUGGUUGGCGAGGGAUGAGGUUGGGGUUAGUGCGCAUGAGGUGAGGGAGAAUGAGGAGAAGGGGGUCAGGUGUUCGGAUCGGGGGGCGUGGUUGGAUGGGGAGGGGAGGGUUAGGUGGAGUGUGGGUGAUUUUGGGGAGGUGCCUGUUUUCAAGGGGGGGAAGGGGUGGUGA